AUGCCCAGCGGGGCCACCCUGCCGAACCCCCUUCGGAGGAGUCUCCCUCGCGGGGACAGGACCCCUUCCCGAAUGGCAUCUCCUCCCCAGCCAGCCCCUCACCGGCCUCUCGGCACCCCUGAGCCCCCAGGAUCCCGGCACAAGCUCCAGCCCGCUGGUACUGACCCACCCUCUCCCUGCGGGUGCCAUCGCAGCCCCCACGGGCUCAUCCCCCUGGCCCCCUCCCAGCCGCGAUCCCCAGCGUCCCCUGAGGCCUCCCCUGCGGAAUUCCCCCUCACCCGAGACCCAUCGCAGCCCCAAGAGGAAGCGGCGGAAGGGGGGGAGGAGCUGGCGGGCGCGGCGCGCGCGCGCGGCUGGCAGCCCGACCAAUCAGCAGCCAGUGUGGGGACGAGGAAGUGUGGAGAGGGCAGCGCCUUAAAGGGGCAACUACAGCCCAUACUGGUCCCAGUGACUCCAUUAAAUGCACAAGCGGAGGUCCCCCACGACGUCCAAGGGUCUCAGUGCCCCCACUACUACUCAUACUGGUCCCAGUCUCACCAGUACCUACUCAAGAGGAGCUCCCAGUUGCCCAAGACGCGGCGGCUCGGGGGACGUGGGGAUCUCCGCUCCCGGGAGGGGGCCCACGGCUGCGGCCGCUGCGGGCGCAGGAAGGGCUGGCACCUGGCCGGCACCACCUGUGUCCUCGUGUCCUUUCCCUUUGUCUUCAGCCCCUGCCUGGCCUGCAGGGAGAGCACUCCACAGUGGGCAGCCUUCAUCUACUACCUCCCCUUCAUUGUCAUCUUCCAGUUUGGCUGGGCGGCCACGCAGGUGUCCCACCUGGCCCUCAUCCCCGAGCUGGUGAGCAGUGACCAUGGGAAGGUGGAGCUCACAGCUUUCAGGUAUGCCUUCACUGUCAUGGCCAACAUCACUGUGUACGGCCUGACCUGGCUCCUGCUCAACUUCCAAAUGGACCAGCCCGACCAUAUGGAGCACCUGGGCCCACAGGACAUCGGUGUGUUCCGGAACUUGGCCCUCAUCGUGGUGGGGCUGGGGGCCGUGUUCUCCCUCAUCUUCCACCUGGGCACCAAGGAGAAGCCAUACCCACCAGGUGUGCUGCCCGAGCCAGAGGAGAGCACCCCGCUGCUGCACAAGGAGCCCCCAGGCCCCCCACGCCCACUGCUGCUCUGGAAGGACUGGCUGCUGCAGCCCUCCUUCUACCAGGUUGCAGUGCUCUACAUGGCCACCCGCCUCAUCGUCAAUCUGUCCCAGACCUACAUCGCCAUGUACCUCACCAACUCGCUGCUGCUCUCCAAGAAGUACAUUGCUACCAUUCCCCUAGUGAUGUACGUCAGUGGGUUCCUCUCCUCAUUCCUCAUGAAGCCUGUGAACAAAUGGAUUGGUCGGAAUCUGACUUACUUUGUGGGCAUCCUGGUGGUCCUGGCCUUCGCCUCCUGGGUGGCCCUGGCCAGGCCAAAAGGAGAUGAGAUCUACGGGCUGGCAGUGCUGCUCGGGGCUGGCUCAGCCACAAUCCUGGUCACAUCCCUGUCUAUGACUGCAGAUCUCAUUGGCACCCAUACGCACAGCAGUGCGUUUGUCUACGGUGCCAUGAGCUUCACAGACAAGAUGGCCAAUGGCCUGGCUGUUGUGAUGAUCCAGAACCUGCACCCCUGCCCGACUGAGCUGUGCUGCCCUGCCUGUGUCAGCUUCUACCGCUGGGUGAUGGUGCUGGUCACCGGCGGCGUCGCCGUUGCUGCUGUCGCCACGCUGUGCUGCAUCAUGGUGUGGCCCAUCCAGAUCCGCUACGGUGCUGUCAGUCUGCAGGGGCUGAGCAGCGCAAGGACCCCUGAAAGUGGCACUGGGAGCGCCGAGGGAGAGAGCCAGAGCAGCACCAUCAACUGAGCAGGGCUGUGUUCUCGGCCACCAUGUCCUCAGGGCCGUGUCCUCGGCCACUGCGUCCUUGGCCACCGCGGUGCCACACGCCGAGUCUGGAGGGUCCCCUGCACUGGGCACCGCUGGGCUCUGGGGAGGGGGGUGACCCCCACCCCGUCUCCUUGCACUGGACUCGUAUUCCCACCCUGGACUCGUGUCCCCAUCCCGAACUCGUGUUCCAGACCCCACCGGGCCGAUGAAGGCUGUCCCUGGUGCGGUGCAGCGUCACCUCUCACUGCACAAUGAACACUAGAAGGGUCUAGGCCAGGCCGGAGCAGCCCCACAAGAGGGGGGCGCCCGGACCGAGGUUUUAACCUGCUUUUGUAAGGCAAAUACGUACGAACGGCACUUUAUAAAGGAGGAGGAAAAGGAAAGAAAAAA